UGGUUUCCGGUGCGAGCCGCCGCCGCUGCUGUCGCUGAGGCCGCGGCCGGGCCGGGACGGGCUGGGGGCGGUGAGGGCCCGGCGGAGCCGCCCGCCACAGCUGAUCCUGGGAUCAACACAUCUUACUGCAUAUUCAUAAGCUGUUGCCAUUGUCUCUGUAGCAGCCAUGGCAGCUUCUAGCAGCAGCAGCAGUGAGGAGGAGCGCAGCCUUCGGGAAUGUGAACUUUAUGUCCAAAAACACAAUAUCCAGCAACUUCUGAAGGAUUGCAUUGUACAGUUAUGCACAGUGAGACCUGAAAGACCCAUGGGAUUCCUCAGAGAAUACUUUGAACGAUUGGAGAAGGAGGAAACAAAGCAGUUGUUGAAUCAACAGAAGUCUGGUUCUCGCUCAGACUCACGGGAGGAUGAAAUCUCUCCUCCUCCUCCUAUGAACCCUGUGGUUAAGGGUCGAAGAAGGCGUGGGGCCAUCAGUGCAGAAGUCUAUACAGAAGAGGAUGCUGCAUCUUAUGUUAGAAAGGUUAUUCCAAAGGACUAUAAGACAAUGGCUGCUCUGGCAAAAGCUAUUGAGAAGAAUGUGCUGUUUGCCCAUCUUGAUGAUAAUGAAAGAAGUGACAUCUUCGAUGCCAUGUUCCCCGUCACUUACAUUGCAGGAGAGACUGUCAUACAGCAAGGUGAUGAAGGUGACAACUUCUAUGUUGUUGAUCAAGGAGAGAUGGAUGUUUAUGUGAACAACGAGUGGGCCACCAGCGUUGGUGAGGGUGGAAGCUUUGGAGAACUUGCCCUUAUAUAUGGAACUCCUCGUGCUGCAACCGUCAAAGCAAAGACAAAUGUGAAGUUGUGGGGCAUUGACAGAGAUAGUUACAGAAGGAUCCUGAUGGGGAGUACUUUGAGAAAGAGAAAGAUGUAUGAGGAAUUCCUUAGUAAAGUCUCUAUAUUAGAAUCUCUGGACAAGUGGGAGCGUCUCACUGUAGCUGAUGCCUUGGAACCGGUACAGUUUGAGGAUGGGCAAAAGAUCGUGGUCCAGGGAGAGCCUGGAGACGAGUUCUUCAUUAUCUUGGAGGGCACAGCUGCAGUGUUACAGCGUCGAUCAGAAAAUGAAGAGUUUGUUGAAGUGGGCAGACUGGCACCUUCUGAUUAUUUUGGUGAGAUAGCUCUGUUGAUGAACCGGCCCCGUGCUGCCACAGUGGUUGCUCGUGGGCUCUUGAAGUGCGUGAAGCUGGAUCGGCCGCGGUUCGAGCGUGUCCUGGGCCCCUGCUCCGACAUCCUCAAGCGAAACAUCCAGCAGUACAACAGUUUUGUAUCACUGUCUGUCUGAAGCCUUCCUCCCUCUCCCAACCACGCUUCACCAACGCAGACUGCUUGAUUUCCCCUUGUGCAGAGCCACUUUGCCACUGGCAUUUGCAGCUUCCUGUCUGUUUAAAAAGAGAGAGAAAAGAGAAACCCAACUGCUUAUCAUGGCACUGUUUUUAAUUUAGAGCAUCUUGGUUCUGUGCUCUCUGUCCCAUUUGAUGGGUAGGGAAAGUUCUAUGGAAAUGUUUAAGCUUAGGGCUUCUCUCUGUGCACCAGUGUCCAACUUGGGUGAGUGCAGCCUUGCUUCAGUGAGAGACAGGGCUCCUGGCACCACACCAGCUGCCACAGAGAAGGGGGUGACAGUAGAGUGGGAAGGGAAAAAUUCCUUUAAAGGUGUCUUCUCAAACUGUUGACCAAUCUUUUUUCUGAGACUGUGGUCAUAAUCUGCUGUAUUCCUUUUUCAAAUGAGAACUGCCCUUGUAAUUGAGCUUCUUGGGGCUUGGGGUUUGCUUUGAUUCACUGGGUACUGUAUUCCCAGGUUCAAUCCUGAGGCACUGGCUGCUCAGAAAGCCACAGUUGGGAUAUAACAGUAUCAUUGUUCCUGUGUCUGCUGGUUUAAGGUUGCUUGGUUAUGUUUUUUGUCAAGUGUUAAGUCAAAGCUUUCAAGGUUACUAGUUCUGGUGAACCACUGCAGUUGUUACUUAAUUUGCUGACUGGCUGCAACCCAUUUCGGUUUCUUGUUCGUUCUUCAGCGAUAGAUUUGCCAUGGAAAACUCUUCCUGUCAAAGUGGCAAUAACCAAAUGUUACAUUAAAUGCCUGACUUUGGUCUCUAGUACAUAGGUUGGUGUGAGAAUGCUGCAGCUGUCCAGCUGUUAGUAAUGUCCAAGUACUUAGAUUGGUGUAGAAACUGGAAGCAAACACUUUCUUUUCCCCGUGACUCUUGCUUUGGAUUCCUCAGUUGACUUUUGAAAUCAUCAGCAGGUGACCCUUUGUUACCAGGGGAAUUAAAAACACUGAGUAUUUCUGGCCAGCAGCAGUUGCAGGUGACAAGAUUGCUGGUGUGUAGAGAUGCCAUUAUUCUUGGUGGAGAAGGUGAGGCAGAAAAAGUGAAUGUUGUAACUUUCCUGCAGCACUCAGCUAUUUUUAAGGUCUAAAAUCUGCCAAUCUGUAACUUUUCAAAUGGUUCACUCAAUCUAGUUGAAAUACAAAAGGUGCAUCAUCUUGCUUAUGGAAUUGACACGUUUCAUACUCUUUUUCUUUCCUCCCAAUACCUUGCAGAGUCUUAAAUGUGUUUCAGUAUUUACCAGCUUUGUGUUCCAUUGCUCUGUGCUCUCCAAUACUUCCCCCAAAGUUUGUACUGAAUUCCACAGUUCAAUGAUGGUAGGCAAUUUUUAAGGUUUCCUUUACACUGUAAUUUAUAUAAAGUAGGUUUGUAUUUGGGAGUGACAGCAAGCAGUUUUGCAUUUGUUGUGCAGCUACUUCUAAGGACAGAGCCCUUCUUUGCUUUCUGAGCUAAUACCGGACUCAAAAGCCACCAGACUCUCUCCCAGGUGUGAUGUUAAUCAGGAAGAGUCUAAUUGCAAAUGAACACUGAGCUUAUCAAGCCUUUACAAAAGAUUUCAGGGUAUUUCUCUACCUGAAAUGCCUCUUCAGAAGAUGCUGGCUAGAGGAUUUCUGCCAGAGUCCUUAAGGGGUAAGCAAAUGCUACCUUUUUGGUUCUUUUUGUUGUCGAUUUUUCUGGUACAACAGUUUUCUUAAGUUUUGACUCUCUCCAGGUUUAUUUUUCUUCAUUGUGUUCUUUGUGUUACUUUCAAAGCACCAAAAACUCUGUCAACUAGUUAGAGCUCACCAAACAAACACACAAUGCACAUUUUUUUUAUAGAAGGCUUUCUAAUCAAGUUUCACUACUGCAUCUUUUUAGCUUGCUGUUGACUCCCUUUUGUAGUUUUACCUACGAGAUUUUAAGAGAAAUCAGCCAAGUCUGAGUUCAAUAUUAACCAACAGUUACAGCUUUACCUUUGUGUGCAAUUUCAAGCUGUUUGACACCACGAUUUGGCAUAGUUUUGCCUUAGCUAACAUUCAGGGCUUUAGAAGGAAUUUUUUGCUAGUCCAACCUUAGUGAAUUUAUCAAGUCUAUUGCCCUAGGAAGCUAUAGUCAACCAGAGGACCAUUUUUGUAUUGUUACCUGACUCUAUCAGUCUGAUUUACUGUAUGUGCUAAUAUAUUCUAUUAUAUUCCUUUUGUUAUAGAUUGUCCUAAUGGCAGGUAAAGCAAUAAAAUGAUUUAAAUUCUUAAAUGCAA